AUGGCAAACUUCCAAGUUCGCUCUGCUUCUGCUCUUAUGAGCAUCCUCUUCCCGAUUGUGCUAAUUAUUAUAACUCAUCAUGCUCCUUCAUGCACAGCAAGAUAUAUUAUGUUUUCAGGGGAUACGCUCAAGGCAGGACAAGGCCUAACCAUGAACGAAUACACACUUUAUAUGGGCAAAGACUGCAACUUAGUCCUGUAUGAAGAUGGCUCCUCGGUGUGGUCAUCGGGAACAUCCGGCAAAGGCUCCAAUUGCUACACCAAACUUGAGAGAAAUGGGUACCUGUCCAUCUACAAUGAAGGCAUCCUUUUUCCCAUCGCUGUCUGGAAGAGCAACGAUGGAAAAUACUUUCCGGGCGAAUACAUCCUGGUCUUGCAACCAGAUCGUAACGUGGUGAUCUAUGGUGAGAAGAUAUGGAACAGCGGCACUGGUUCUUCUUCUCUCUUUGCCAACAAGAAGCUCACCUCCAACAAACGCAUUGACAUGGUCACUAACGAGAAGCAAUGA